AUAUUUCAGCAGCCUGCUCUCCCUCCCUCUCCUCCCUCUCCUCCCUCUCACUCUCUCUCUCCAUCCAGCCUCCCAGUGGUUGAAGGGAGGAAAAGAUGGCACCUCAGGAGCUGCUGUCAGCCACUCCGCCCGGCUUCUCGUCCUUCGGACAGCGGCGUGCUGCCUGCUGAAAUGGCUCCGACCGAACCACCAGCCGCCUGACAGACACCGGAGAGCAAUCACUUAUUUUAAAAGACAGACCUGAAAACUGUGGACAUCCGUGUAGCAUUUAUCCACACCCUGUCGCCUUUCCCACCCCCCCUUCAACAUCUGCACAUCCAGCCGGCUGCAGGCUUCGCCGGCAGCACCGCUGUUUUUAUUAAAACAUCCAGAGCUGCUGCUGCUGUUGGAUCUGGAUCAUUUUAUAAGAACUGAACUGAAAGGACAAAACACUGAGCAGAUAGAAAACAUCAUUCAUCUCAUUCAAACGGACAGGAGAGGAAGAUGAGCGAGCAGAGUAUCUGCCAGGCGCGGGCCUCGGUCAUGGUCUACGAUGACACCAGUAAGAAGUGGGUGCCCAUCAAGCCUGGACAGCAGGGAUUCAGCCGCAUCAACAUCUACCACAACACUGCCAACAACACCUUCAGAGUGGUGGGCGUCAAACUGCAGGACCAGCAGGUGGUUAUCAACUACUCCAUAGUUAAGGGCCUCAAGUACAACCAGGCCACCCCGACUUUCCACCAGUGGCGGGACGCCAGGCAGGUCUAUGGCCUCAACUUCGCCAGCAAGGAGGAGGCCACCACCUUCUCCAACGCCAUGCUCUUUGCCCUCAACGUCCUCAGCGCUCAGGAUGGAGGUCCAGCUGUCCAGCGCCAAGUCCAGAACGGACCAACUUCAGAUGAGAUAGAAGCUCAGAGAGCAAGGCAGAUGAUGGAGCAGCAGCAGCAGAUGCAGGCACACAUGGAGCGGGAGCGACGGUCCUCCAACUCAGGUUCUCCUUUCCAAGGCCACCCUGCUGUGCUCUCCGUGGCCCCUCCAGUCAUACCUCCUCCAAUGAACAUGGGUGGUGGACCUCCUCCCCCUCCACCACCACCAGGACCUCCUCCGCCUUCAGCAGGGGCACCCCAGCCUCCUCUCCCUCCUCCAUUGCCCAUGGGUGGAGGGAGUCACGGGGAUGAGCCCCCAGCCCAGACGGGACUCGCCGCUAUGAUCGCCGGGGCCAAACUGCGCCGCGUUCAAAGACCUGAGGACAGCUCUUCAAGCGCCAAAAACGAUGCCAACCGAACGAGUGGAGGGAGCGGAGGGCUGAUGGAGGAGAUGAACGCUCUGUUGGCGCGAAGAAGGAAAGCAGCUUCAGAGAAGCCAGAGGACAGCCAAAAUGAUGACCCAAAUUCUCCGUCACCCAGCACCCGGGGUGGACAGAACGCCACAGAUGGUGCAAAGAAGCCGUGGGACAGAGCUAACUCUGCAGACAGAUCAAUGGUUUCAAGGGUACGGCCUGUUGGGAGCGGCGGUGACACAGACUCGUUAGACCUUGAUAGAAUGAAACAGGAAAUCUUGGAAGAAGUGUUCCGUGAAUUGCACAAAGUGAAGGAUGAAAUCAUUGAUGCCAUUAGACAUGAACUCAGUCGAAUUAGCACGACAUAAUCUUUCAGAGCCACUCCCCGACAUGAACCACCUUUUUCGAACCGUCGCCCCUGCAGCAGCUGCUGUGGCCCUGAGGAGGAGGAGGAGGAGGAAGAGGAGGGGGAGUCAAGAACGGAGGCCCAAACUGUGACAUCUACUCAUCCUGUUCAGCUGUGGUGUUGAAGCAACGCGGCAACGUUGCUGUAACACCUCAGACAUGUCUGUGUAACGUUUGGCUUUGUUGUUUGUUUUGGGGGAGAAAGACGUGAAUGGGGCACACUCUCGCACUGAUUACUCUGAUUUCUUAACGUUUCUGUCUGUUCGUUAGCCCAGUUCGCCCCUCUGUCCUCGGCCUGAAGGAAAAUGGAUAAAAAUUCAACUUAUUUUAUUUGUUUUGCUUUUUUCACAAGUUUUUUUUUAUUAUUACUAUCAUUUUCAUUAUCAUUACUAUCAUUUUUAUGAUUGUCAAUGUUAAUAUGAGUAGUCAUAGUCUAGUGAGUACGAUGGUGAUAAUGAGGAAAUGAUCAUGAGAAUAUGAUAGUAAUGAUAAUGUUGAUUGUUAUUAUUGCACAUCAUUUUAUGUCAGCUUUUUGUAUUUUAUAUUGGUUGUUUUCAUUUGGUUUUGUUAUAGAUACAGUUGCGAGCACGUCCAAAUGUUUUCUCACCAUCUGACCUGGAACAUUUUUUUUAAAAAGUUUUUUUUAUCCUUUUCGCCAACACAGCUAUGUGUGGAGCCAUGGCAGAAAAAAAAACAGGCCUCGACCUACAAACAGAGGGUGGAAUAAACUUCUUUGGAUAUUGCAAUCUUAUGAACAAAAAACAAAAAACAAAAAAAAAAAAAAAGAAAUAAUACACCAGAGUAUUUGUGAUCAUGUUGUUAAUAAAAUGUUUAUUGGCUGCAAGGAUAUGGUGAAGUAUUGUUCAUUUUAUUCUCUCCUUUUAUGACAAAGUGCUUCCUGGUUUGACAACAAAAAAAAAGAAAAAAGAAACGCACUAAAAUGAAUUCAAAUAAAACUGUGAACAAUGUCUUGGAUAAA